AUGUACUAUAAGCUUAAAGCUAUGUAUUCGAUAAAAUUUUUGAUGAUUUCAAAAAGCCCGGUUUACUGGAUCGCUGGCAACGGUCCGGAGUGCGAGAUAAUUCUGGUGGAAAACAACCCAACUGUAAACAUCUAUCGCAGCGUGGCGCAAAUUCCAGAGAGCUCGGCAAGAAGUCAAGAGGGGUUCUCUUUGCCUUCGGCUUCUUAUUUGGAGCAGUUUUAUCAGAGAGCAGUGGAACGAAGGAGAUUGAAUGGGAUCUAG